CGGAGCGGCGCCAUUUUUUUUUCCUCACUCGGCCGCUCAAUCCGCAUAUAUAUAGCGUGGUGGAACCAACCACGCAUCAUUCGCAUUCAGGACCUCGCUGCCUUCAGUGCAACCGACCAAACGCAGCAUCAUGAAGCUCAUGCUCGUGGCCACCUGCCUGGUGGCUGUCCUGGCGCUCGCCCACGCGGAAGAGGCCAAGGCGGCAGACAAGGAAGUGGCAGCAUCCGAAAACGCUGCGGCGACCGACGAAAAGAAACACGAAAAACGAGGACUGAUCGGUCUCGGCUACGGAGGACACGGUGGAUUCGGGGGCGGUUAUGAAGGAGGCUUCGGUGGCGGCUACGGAGGCGGUUUCGGCGGCGGUUACGGCGGCGGUUACGGUGGCGGCUACGGCGGUGGCUACGGCGGACACGAGGAAUCGCACAAAACGAUCACCGUUGUCAAAAAAGUCCCAGUUCCCUACCCAGUAGAGAAACACAUUCCCUACCCAGUUGAAAAGCACGUCCCAGUGCCCGUCAAGGUACCAGUUCCCCAGCCCUACCCGGUAGUCAAACACGUUCCGUACCACGUCAAGGAGAUCGUCAAAGUACCAGUCCAUGUACCAGCUCCCUACCCAGUAGAGAAGAAGGUCCCCUACCCCGUACACGUCCCAGUCGACAGGCCCGUUCCCGUUAAGGUAUACGUUCCCCAACCUUACCCAGUAGAGAAGAAAGUGCCGGUGCCCGUCCAUGUUCACGUACCCGCUCCUUACCCCGUGGAGAAGAAGGUACCUUACCCAGUGAAGGUCCCCGUCCAUGUGCCCGCUCCUUACCCAGUGAUCAAGGAAGUCGCCGUCCCAGUCAAGGUCCACGUCGACAGGCCCUACCCCGUACACGUACCCAAACCAGUACCUUACCCAGUCGAGAAGCCCGUGCCUUACCCAGUGGAGAAACCUGUGCCCUACCCCGUGAAGGUGCCAGUAGACAGGCCCUACCCCGUCCACGUUGAGAAGCCAGUGCCGUACCCCGUUAAGGUGCCCUACCCGGCGCCCUACCCCGUCGAGAAGCACAUCCCCUACCCAGUGGAGAAGCCCGUGCCGUUCCCCGUCAAGGUGCCAGUAGACAGGCCCUACCCCGUCCACAUCGAGAAGCACGUGCCAGUCCACGUAGAGAAGCCCGUACCGUAUCCGGUCAAGGUACCAGUCCCGGUCGUCGUCAGCCACGGUCACGAGUAUGGUCAUCAUGGAGGCUACUAGACAGUUGCAGGAAGCAGACGCUGUAUUGUGAUAUUAUAUAAAUUAAGAUUAGAUCGAGCUCGCGACCGUUUGCCGUGGGGCGCGCUAUCAGAGCGGGUAGUGGGACCCCCCAGACCCCUGGCUAGCUCCCCCCAAGGCGCACGGUCGCAACGCGCUAAUUACGUAACUUUAUAAUUUUAUUAUUAUUUUGUUAUUAUUUUUUUAUUUCGUGUAACUGAUCGGUAAUGUUGCGUAUUUUUUUUGUAAUAAUCUUGAGUUGAUGUACCUGUUAAUGAUAGAACGAAAUGUGUUUACUAGCGAAAUAACGAUGUAAGAAAUAAAAUGCUAAAUGUGAA